CAUUGUCAGGAACGCACCACGCAAAAUGUUGAAAACUAUUGUCUGUCUAUUUCUGGUGGCCAGCGGUGUUAGCUGCGCCUCCGUUGGAAGCACUGUUAACGUUGCCGGCAACAUCGGCACCGUUGGACGUCAGGCCAGCGACAUCGAGAAGCCAGUUGUGAAACUGUUGAGCUACGAAUCGGAUAAGAAUCCAGAUGGUUCCUAUAGCUUCGCCUACGAGGGUGACGACAACUCCUACCGCCACGAGCAAGCCAGAGUUACUGAUGCUGGCACCGAAGACGAAGCUCUGGAGGUGCAGGGUUCCUAUCGCUAUGUCGAUGCCGAUGGACAAACUAUCGAGGUGCAUUACACCGCUGGUAAGAAUGGUUUUGUGCCCUUUGGCACCAACAUUCCCAGCGAGAUUUCUCUGAAUGCCAAGGCUGCUGCUGAUUUGCCCAAUGUGAACACCUAUGAGGAGGAGCAGGAACUGAAACUGAAGCAACGUCGUUCUCGUGCUCAAACCGAUGUGAAUCAGCACACUGAAGCCAGGCCACAGCUGAAGGCAGCCACAUCCCAAAUUGUGCCCGUCAAGGUGCUCGUCGAGGAGAAGCCCGUCGCCAAAGUUGAGCAGCCAGAGAAGAGCAAGAAAGUCGCUGUCUAAGUAAUCUUUAGUUUUUAACUAUUUUUAGUAUUACGU